UCUAAGUCCGGGCUUUGGAACAGAGGCUCGGCUCGGCCCUGCGAGAGGCGCGGAGCGCGGGGGCCGGGGGCCGGUGUUCCCACCCAGGGACGCUCUUGUGGAGCCGAGCCCGGCAAAUGGGCGCAGGAGGAAGAGAGCAGGGAAAUGGACUGCUAUUUGCGCCGCCUCAAGCAGGAGCUGAUGUCUAUGAAGGAAGUGGGUGAUGGCUUGCAGGAUCAGAUGAACUGCAUGAUGGGUGCGCUGCAAGAACUAAAGCUUCUUCAGGUGCAGGCAGCACUGGAACAGCUGGAGAUCUCUGGAGGGAGUCCUGCCCCAGGCUGCCCUGAAAGCCCCCGGACACAGCCCCAGGCCCCUGCCAGGCCCACGGCCUGCUCCUCCUCCAACCAACCUUUUGGCACGAAGUUUCCGUCCUGUAGGAGUGUCUGUGGGAGGGAUCCGGUCCCCCUGACCAGAGCACAGCUCCCAGAGCACCAAAGCUGUGCCCAGCAGGGGCCAGAGCUGGCGGAACCGGAAGACUGGACCUCCACAUUGAUGUCCCGGGGCCGGAAUCGACAGCCUCUGGUCCUAGGUGACAAUGUUUUUGCGGACCUGGUGGGCAACUGGCUGGAUUUGCCGGAACUGGAGAAGGGUGGGGAGAAGGGGGAGGCAGGGGAGCCCAAGGGGGAGAAGGGCCAGCCCCGGGAGCUGGGCCGCAGGUUUGCCCUCACAGCAAACAUCUUUAGGAAGUUCCUGCGCAGCGUGCGGCCUGACCGAGACAGGCUGCUGAAGGAGAAACCGGGCUGGGUGACACCCACGGCCUCGGAGCCCAGAGCCGCCCGCUCACACAAGGUCAAGAAGCGGAGCCAUUCCAAGGGCUCUGGACACUUCCCCUUCCCGAGCACUGCCGAGCCCAGAAGGGGGGAAAGUCCUUCCACAAGCUGCCCCAAGGCCCUGGAACCCUCACCCUCUGGCUUUGAUAUUAACACAGCUGUUUGGGUCUGAAUCCUAGAGAUAGAACGUUGACUGAACCCAAAAGGUCCAGGUCCCCAGUGCUGGGCCCUGGGAAGGAUGGGGGGAGGGGGGCGGGUGCUAUGGCUUUCAAAAGCCUAACUCUGGGUUCCUUCUUCCCAGGAAGGAGGGAAAAGAAGCGAGAGUGUCUGGAGUAGGACUAACAGGCAUGCGGUUGGUAGAGGCUGUGGUGGGGGCUGGCUGGUGGGGAGAUGAGGGUUCCCGGACUGAAAGCGGGAUUGAGAGAGUGGUGCUCACCUUGGGGCUGCAGGUGAUGAGGGGCAUGGGGCAGGAGACCAGGAAAUUCUUACAUUCCUUCACUGCCCCAACUAAACAUUCUGUAUGGAUUAGGGCACUGGGGCCUCAUGUUCCCCUAGAAAGGCCCCCAAUAAAGACCUUGGCUCCUGUGUCCCCAACCUUAUAACCGCUGGCAUCCCUGGCAAAGCACUGCUCCAGGCACAGGCAUGAAACCCCAGCCCUCCUGGGAUAGGGAUCAGCAGAGAGGAAACUUCCCACUCCCACCUCUCCCUGUUGGCCUUCAAGAUUUCAGCCCAUACCUGGAUCCUGGGAAAUGGGCCUAAUAAGGAGUGUACGUAUAAGGAGUACUCGAGGGAGCCCUAUGUCUUUUCAAAAGCACAGGAAAGAUAUCUGUAUAGCACUUUAAAGUUUGAAAGCCUUUUCAUAUCCCAUAUCCGUUAUCUCCUUUUGAGUAAGCAAGUAAGGCAGUUUAGCCCCCUUUUCCCGAUGAGGAAGCAAGCUUAGAUAUGCCACCUGCGGGCAGGUGGCAGAUCGGCGCAGGGCUGACCCAAGGGCUGCAGCAGGGCCCUGGAGGCACAGGAGCUCCUUCCCCAACACCCCGCCUCCAGCACUGAAAGCCCCCCUCACCACCUCCCUCCCCCGCCCAGCUCCGGACGCAGGCACAGGGCGUUCACCAGCGAGGCCAAGGUGGGCCCGUAAGAAAUACGCCCCGUGUUUUAGAUUCCCAGCUCCACCCCACGAUCGGGCGGCUGGGGGAAGGGCGGCAACUCCGCUCCCUACUCGAGGCGCCUAAAGCUUUCCUGGAGCGGCGCACGUGGCUGUCCGCCCCCCCCCCCCCCCCCGGGGAGCUGCCGGCCCGCCCACGCCCGCGGGGACCGCCCGCUGCUUGGGAAAAGACAAUGUGGGUCCCUGUUUGGGCCGGCCCGCCCUGGAGGCACUCCCCCUCUCCCCGCCUCGCUCCUCCAGACUGAGCUCCUCUCCGCUUGAUGGAGGGGAGGGGGGGGGGGGUGACAGCUGCAAUUAGAGGCAAGACGCCUUCCCGCCCUCGGCGCAUUAACAAAUUGGAGAAGAAAAAUAACAAGAAAGGCUCUUCCUGCAUCCUGGACCCCCGGAGACCAAGCUGGAGGAGGAGGCUUAGCGCAGCAGCAGCACAGCGGGAAUUGGGGGGCGGUGAGGAUCGCGCUCAGAUCCCCACGCAAUCAAAUCGUAGAAGUUUUUGUUGGCGGAAGCUACGAGGGGAAGGUGCUAAUUUCAUUCAUUUCCUUGAGCGCUCGCUAUCUGCCAGGCAGUGUGCACAACUUGUCUUUCAGACUUCAGAAUGACCCUAGAAAUGAUUGUCUUCCCAGUAAGUGGGUGGAAGCCCUUGGGGGUCACAUAGGCUGCCCAGAUUAGGCUUCUGGCUCAUGGAAGAAUCAGGAUUGUCUGGCCGCAAAAACGGCCUUUCAUACUCUCCCUGAAGUUUGCCAGUUGAGGCAGCGCUUUCUGGAGGAGCAAGGCCCUACCCAUCCUUUCUGUCUCUCCACAGAACUCUGAUAUUUCAGUCCUGGGGGAAGGCCUGUUGGCUGUGGCUGCCUUGGUGAUGGUGGUGCUGUGUGCAUAUGUUCAGUGUGGGGGGGGGGGGGUGUGGGUGUGGGUGAAGGCUCCUCCCACUGGGUGGUGGUGAAGUCACCAGCUCCCAGUCCGGAAUGAUUCCGCAGGAAACCAAGUCCCCUCUUGGCCAUUCAUCUGUGACUCAUCUGUUUUGUGGACCAGUCAUAACAAUCCAGACCCAAGUGAACAAAACUUUAUGAACAUCUCCUAAAGGCCGGGCAUCGGGACAGGAUCAAAACACAGCAAGGAAGAGGACCCGGUUCCUGGCUCAAGGGGUUCAGUAAGAAGAAACAACUCUUUACCCAUCAGUUAGCCAGAAGGGAUCCAAGGGAAUGAACUCAUUUUAACUGGGCCAGAACAAAACCAUUAGGAGUGACAUUUGCUGGCAACAGAAUCCCCAGGCCUGGGGCAACGCUAUCGCCAUCUUUGCGUUCGUUCGUUCACGUUUCCUUCUCGCCUCACUCUGGAAGUGGCUGCUGUUGCUCUUAUUCUGCAUGGAGAGGCCCUGGGAAGUCAAGCAAUUUGCCCAAGGUCACAGCCACAGAGCUGGGAUUGAAACGGUCCCGACAGACUUCCGGCCUUGUGCUGUUCACACUACCCCACAAAGUGUCCAUAUCUGCUCCAAAGCCAAGUCAAGUGCAACAACAGAACCUGUCCUCCCCAUAUUAUCCAUGCAUGGAUAAUAAAUGGAAUGCUUAUUGUCCA